AUGAAAGUACAUUGCACAGAAUGGACACCCAUCAUCGCACAUUGGACGGCUUCUGUUUUUAACACUUCAGGAAAUUGUGAUUGUUUCAUAAUGACGGCCGGUGUUUGUGAGGUUGAAAUUGAGAAUGUUAAUGUUUUUUCCGGUGAUUCCUCAUGUAAGUUUGUUGGUGGGAGUGAUGAGGUGAUCGGUGGUGGUGGGAGAAUGGUUGAAUGCUCUGCCUUGGGCACUAAUUUCAUUGUUCUUGGGUCUGCAAUUGCAAAGGAAGGUGAGAGUGGUGCCGUUUUUGAGGACUCUGUGAACAUUCAUCUGGACGUGAGCCAUGGAGAGAUUGGGCAAGUCUCUGCAACAACCUGUGAAGUGGAGAAGUUAAACGGUUUUGAAGACUUGGGUGAUGUAGUCUUGACAGUUAAAGUCUCAGAUGUGUUCCAGACAGUUGAGGACUUGGGUGAUGUGGUUCAGACAGUUGAAGAGUUGGAUGAUGUUGUCAAGCCAGUUGAAGACUCAUGUUAUGUGGUCCAAACAGUUGUGGACUCGGGUGAUGUGGUCCAAACAGUUGAACACUCGGGUUUUGCUAAUGAUCCAGUGGAGAAUGGGGAUACUGAAGUAACAAUUGUUGAUGAGGAUGCCAAGUCAUGGGAGCAAGUGAAAGGUAAUCCAGAAUUCAUAAUACAAGAUAUUGAAUUUCUUGAAUUAGAUGUUAAAUCUGAGGAUCGUAACAAGGAGAAUGUUGAAAUUAUUGAUGACGAUAUUGAAUCUCAAAUUGUGGUUAUCGAUGAUGUUCAAAAUACUUGCAACCAAGAUGUUGAUAGUGAGUUUCAACAAUUAUUUGAAAUUGAUGAUAAUAAGGAAUCUAAAAUGUUGGUUAUGAAAAAUGUUGAAGAUACUCCAAGCUCAGAUGAUGAUAUAACACAAUCAGUUAUGGCUGAACAUGAACAAGAGACAGAAGCCAGCAAUUAUCCAAUCACAUAUCAUACUACAAUUUCACAGGUAGAGAUUGAUUUUCCUGAUGUCAAUGAUGAAAAACAAACAGAAGAAUUUGAAGUUAAGGAAAAUCCUAUUGUCCCCAAAUUAAUCUUCCCUGAUUCAUUAGUGAGCCCUGAUAUAACGAUGCAGUUUGGCUCAUUCAGUCUUUAUAAGAAGGAUCAAAAUUAG